AUGUCCCUGAAGUUGCCCCACUGCCCCUCAACCCCUCAGCCCCUCUGCCCCCCGCCAUCAGCCCCUCUGCCCCCUGUCCCUCUGUCCUCAGCCCCUCAGCCCCUCAGCCCCCCCGCCCUCAGCCCCUCAGCCCCUCUGCCCCCCGCCCUCUGCCCUCAGCCCCUCUGCCCCCCGCCCUCUGCCCUCAGCCCCUCAGCCCCUCAGCCCCUCUGCCCCUCAGCCCCUCAGCUCCUCUGCCCCUCUGCCCCCCCGCCCUCAGCCCUUCUGUCCUCAGCCCUUCAGCCCCUCUGCACCUCAGCCCCUCUGCCCUCAGCCCCUCUGCCCCCCGCACCUCUGCCCCCCGCACCUCUGCCCCCCGCACCUCUGCCCCCCGCCCUCAGCCCUUCUGCCCUCAACCCCUCUGCCCUCUGCCCCUCUGCCCCCCGCCCUCAGCCCCUCUGCCUCUCUGCCCCUCUGCCCCUCUGCCUCUCGACCCUUCGCAGCAGAAGUGUAUGA